AUGGGCGCUAAACGGAACCGCGGCGACCACGCGCGUGUUCCGUCAUUGGCCCUGGCGGGGACUCCGCUGCUGCGGUGCCCAUGGUGCGCGGACGGGCUCUUGUUUUGUCCAGGGGAAGCGGAGGAUAGUGUGCCUGAUGGCGCGAGCACGGGACACGCCGCCGAGGGCGACGGUUUUAUUUGCACAAAUCGUGCGGCAUGCCCAUACAAUGAAGUGCUGGCGCAGGAUUGCACUAUUGCCUUCUCUGGCAUUAGCGGGCAGGUGCUGCUGCGCCACUUUUACGCCGCGCUGGAUGCCCAUUUGAAAAGGCUGCAAGGGAAGCGGCAAGGCCUUGACGCCCAAGGGGGGUGGUGCUCCGGUCUGGAGCAUUGUGGCGGAGCGGAGCCCGUUGUUUGCGGAGCCGUCGGCCGAGUACUGGCGGCUGCGUGA